AUGAUGACAAUUACUGACUUUAGAGUCCGCAAAUCCAAACCAAAAUAUCAAUCCUGUGCAGUCUGUCGCCGGCGGAAGCUGAGAUGCGAUCGCCGCAGCCCAUGCCAACGAUGUAUCAACUCGCAAUGUGUCCACCUUUGCACCUACAGUCUUAGGGAUAACGAAACCAGGACAGAGGUUAACUUGAGAGAAACGGGCCCGCCAAAAGAACUUCGUACUAUGGCAACUUAUGAAGCUUCAGAGAAUGAGCGGGCUGCGAAUCAGCGAUUAACCUCCAAUAUCUCUGAGCUCGAGCAACGUCCCUCGAGGACGGAAGAUCCUCGAUAUUCGUACUCCUCCAUACAAGAUAGUGCGCCGCCAAAUCACUCUUCAAACGACACAACUGUCUCUUUUACAAAGCCACCAGUACAGGCUCAUAUUCCCGGGCUUGGAAUGGUAGAGGUGUUGGAUAUUUUUUCACAUGGUAAACAUGACAAUACUCGGGUUUGGGAAAGAGGUCACUGGGCCUCCCUUAUAAGCAAGUUCACGGACGUAAUGAAUGUUGCGUCGGAUAACCGCGAAAACGUAAAGGGUUACUACAGGGAGAGAAAAGGUAUAAGCACCCCGGAGUCAGAUAUCAUGACUCAAAAUUGCGCAUCCCGGAUGCGCAAUGUUUGGAUACCACCGCGGCAGACUGUCGAACUUUUGGUAUCUCGAUAUUCAAAUACAUUCAGCCAUUCUCACCGAGUUUUGCACAUUCCUAGUUUCCUAGAUGACGUGGAAUCGAUUCUAGUUGGGGAUUCCCGCCACAGUACAUUUUCUCUAGCCUGCUUUCUGUGUACCUUAUCAAUCGGAAACUGUUGCCUGAACAUGGAAAGCGAGGAUUCUUCGCCUAUGGUCAGGAAAACAUCCGUCCUAGAGUGGCUCGAAGCUACCCGACUUUGGCUACAAACGAGCAGUUUAACAAGAAAGGUUUCUGUCCACGGAUUACAGGCUCGAUAUUUGUUCCUACUUGCUUGCCAGGUUUGCGGCGUUGACCUUGAUGGCAACUGGAUUUCGUCCGGGGCGCUAAGUAUGGAGGCCAUCAUUGAGGCAGAAGUGCAAAGCUCAAUCACAGCUGGCUUACCGUUGUGCAUAUCUCCAGAAGAUUUUGAUGUCCUGCCCCCGUUAAAUAUAAAUGAUGAGUCUAUCUCGGAGAAUGACUCAAUGAAUCCAGAGCCGAAACCAUCGGGUAUCUUCACUAGGGCUUCAUAUCAGAUCAUUCAAUCUCAAUCUUUGCACGCCAGGAUCCGAGCUGCUAUAAUUCUGAAUCGCACGAAGUCUGUUUCGUACGAUGGAGUUAUGCAGCUUAGUGCAAAUCUGAUUAAAUCCAGGAACGCUAUAUCUCAGCUCCUGACCCGAGAUAAUAGCGCCAAUGAUAUACACGCCUCAACCAAGCAAUUUCUCAUGUCAUAUUUUGACCUUCUCAUUCAUCGGUUUCUCCUUGCACUCCAUCGACCAUUCACAAUGAAAGGCGCUUACGUUGCAGGCUUUCACUAUUCGCGCAUCAGGUGUCUGAGCUCUUCCUUAACAUCCCUUGAUUGUCUUGGGAUAUCUCCGUCCCCAGAAACAGGUGCUCGUCACACCCAUCCACUAUGUACUUUCUCUGGAAGCUAUUUCAUUGAUGAUUUGUUCAACUCCGCAAUCAGCAUAUGCCUCGAACUGAUGCUCGAACGACAAGCAAAUUCCAAGAAAUACAUGUUCUUGGUAAUGGCCAAUGCUUCGGUGAAAUCACGUUUAUCUGGACGCGAAUCGCUCGAUGGGAUAUCCGACGCUCUCUGGCAAAAUCUGGCAAAGUAUAAGCGACUUUUGGAGGAAGGUUCGAGAAAUACCAUGUCCAUAGGUAAUGAAGAAGUAAGAAUCCCUACUUCUCAGCUAAAUAUUGUUGGUAACGAUUGGGAUGACGGCCUAUUUGAUUUAAUUACUGCCUUUACAACCGCUGAACUAGGCGCUAAUGCUAGUUUAUAG